CUCCCCGCCCCCGCCGCGGGACUAUCUGGUCCCGGCAGCAGCGAUGUCCCCCGGCAGGAAUGUCCCUCCUCAGAUAAUGUUAUUUAUAUCUCUGGGCGGGUCCGCGGCUCGGCAGCACCAGGCGCCCGGCGGCCGCUGUGCUAGGAGCCCCGUGCUGCCCUCUUCCCCCUGCGCCGCCGCCGCCCCCGGGCUCGAGGUGGCCGCCGCUACAGCCCCAGCGCAGGGACCCUUCCAUGAAGACUGAGGCAGGCGAAACUGCUGAGAGCCUGCUGACAUGACAUCGGCCACGGAGUUUGAAAACGUGGGCAACCAGCCACCGUACAGCCGGAUCAAUGCCCGCUGGGCUGCCCCGGACGAUGAGCUGGAUAAUGACAACAGCUCAGCCAGGCUCUUUGAGAGGUCCCGGAUCAAGGCCUUGGCAGACGAGCGGGAAGUUGUUCAGAAGAAGACCUUCACGAAAUGGGUGAACUCGAACCUGGCCCGCGUACCCUGCCGCAUCACCGACCUCUACAAGGACCUGCGGGACGGGCGCAUGCUCAUCAAGCUGCUGGAGGUGCUCUCUGGAGAGAUGCUGCCAAAGCCCACAAAGGGGAAGAUGCGCAUCCACUGCCUGGAGAAUGUGGACAAGGCCCUACAGUUCCUCAAGGAGCAGCGUGUACACCUGGAGAACAUGGGCUCCCAUGACAUCGUGGAUGGCAACCACCGCCUGGUCCUGGGCCUCAUCUGGACCAUCAUCCUUCGCUUCCAGAUUCAGGACAUUGUUGUGCAAACUCAGGAAGGUCGUGAGACACGCUCAGCCAAGGAUGCGUUGCUGUUGUGGUGUCAGAUGAAGACAGCAGGCUAUCCCCAGGUCAAUGUCACCAACUUCACCUCCAGCUGGAAGGAUGGCCUGGCCUUUAAUGCCCUGAUACACAAGCACCGGCCUGACCUGAUUGACUUUGAUAAACUGAAGGACUCGAACGCGCGGCACAACCUGGAGCACGCCUUCAAGGUGGCUGAGCGCCAGCUGGGCAUCAUCCCUCUCCUGGACCCCGAAGAUGUCUUCACAGAAAACCCCGAUGAGAAAUCCAUCAUUACCUACGUGGUGGCGUUUUACCACUACUUCUCCAAGAUGAAGGUGCUCGCGGUAGAGGGCAAGCGCGUUGGCAAGGUCAUUGACCAUGCCAUUGAGACGGAGAAGAUGAUUGAAAAGUAUAGUGGGCUGGCCACAGAGCUGCUCACGUGGAUUGAGCAGACCAUCGCCGUCCUGAACAGCCGCAAGUUUGCCAACUCCCUGACGGGUGUCCAACAACAGCUACAGGCUUUCAGCACCUACCGCACCGUGGAGAAGCCCCCUAAGUUCCAGGAGAAGGGGAAUCUGGAAGUCCUACUUUUUACCAUCCAGUCCCGGAUGAGAGCCAACAAUCAGAAAGUGUAUACCCCUCACGAUGGGAAACUAGUGUCGGACAUCAACCGGGCCUGGGAAAGCCUGGAGGAGGCUGAGUAUCAGCGGGAGCUGGCCCUGAGGAAUGAGCUCAUUCGGCAAGAGAAGCUGGAGCAGGUGGCCCGGCGCUUUGACCGGAAGGCUGCCAUGAGGGAGACGUGGCUCAAUGAAAACCAGCGCCUGGUGGCUCAGGAUAACUUUGGGUAUGACCUGGCAGCCGUGGAGGCCGCCAAGAAGAAGCACGAGGCCAUCGAGACGGACACAGCUGCUUACGAGGAGCGGGUGAAGGCCCUGGAGGACCUGGCCCAGGAGCUGGAGAAGGAGAAUUACCACGACCAGAAGCGCAUCACGGCCCGCAAGGACAACAUCCUGCGCCUGUGGAGCUACCUGCAGGAGCUGUUGCGGUCCCGGCGCCAGAGGCUCGAGGCCACCCUGGCCUUGCAGAAGCUCUUCCAGGACAUGCUGCACAGCAUUGACUGGAUGGACGAGAUCAAGGCUCACCUCUUGUCUGCCGAGUUCGGGAAGCACUUGUUGGAAGUCGAGGACUUGCUACAGAAGCACAAGUUGAUGGAGGCUGACAUCGCCAUCCAAGGGGACAAAGUGAGGGCCAUCACCGAAGCCACACUGCAGUUCGCCGAGGAGAAAGGAUACCAGCCUUGUGACCCCCAGGUUAUCCGGGACCGUGUCAGCCACCUGGAGCAGUGCUUUGAGGAGCUGAGCAACAUGGCAGCUGGGCGGAAGGCCCAGCUGCAGCAGUCUAAGCGGCUCUGGAAGUUCUUCUGGGAGAUGGAUGAGGCGGAGAGCUGGAUCAAGGAGAAGGAGCAGAUCUACUCUUCCCUGGACUAUGGCAAGGACCUGACGAGUGUGCUCAUCUUACAGCGUAAGCACAAGGCCUUCGAGGAUGAGCUCCGCGGGCUAGACACCCACCUGAAGCAGAUCUUCCAGGAGGCAGAGGGCAUGGUAGCACGGAAGCAGUUUGGGCACCCACAGAUUGAGGCCCGAAUCAAGGAGGUGUCCGCCCAGUGGGACCAGCUGAAGGAGCUGGCUGCCUUUCGCAAGAAGAACCUCCAGGAUGCCGAGAACUUCUUCCAGUUCCAGGGGGACGCUGACGACCUGAAGGCUUGGCUGCAGGAUGCCCACCGGCUGCUCUCAGGCGAAGACGUGGGGCAGGAUGAGGGGGCCACGAGGGUCCUGGGGAAGAAGCACAAGGACUUCCUGGAGGAGCUGGAGGAGAGCCGCGGGGUGAUGGAGCAUCUGGAACAGCAGGCCCAGGGCUUCCCCCAAGAGUUUCGGGAUUCCCCAGAUGUGACCAACCGGCUGCAGGCCCUCCGGGAGCUCUACCAGCAGGUGGUGGCCCAGGCAGACCUGCGUCGGCAGAGGCUGCAGGAUGCCCUGGACCUGUACACGGUGUUUGGGGAGACAGAUGCCUGUGAGCUGUGGAUGGGGGAGAAGGAGAAGUGGCUCGCCCAGAUGGAGAUCCCAGACACGCUGGAGGACCUGGAGGUCGCACGGCACAGGUUUGACAUCCUGGACCAGGAGAUGAAGACCUUGAUGACGCAGAUUGAUGGCGUGAACCUUGCUGCCAACAGCCUGGUAGACAGCGGCCACCCUCGCAGUGGGGAAGUGAAGCAGUACCAGGACCACCUGAACGACAGGUGGCAGGCGUUCCAGACCAUAGUGUCAGACCGACGGAAGGCAGUGAACUCAGCCCUCCGGGUGCGAAACUACUGCGUGGAUUGUGAGGAGACCAGCAAGUGGAUCGAGGACAAGAUGCAGGUGGUACGGUCCAUGAAGGACCUGGCAGGCAUCAUUGCCAUCCAGCGGAAGCUGUCAGGGCUGGAGCGCGACGUGGCCGCCAUCCGGGAUCGUGUGGGUGCCCUGGAGCAGGAGUCGCAGCAGCUGAUGGCCUCACACCCCGAGCAAGGAGAGGACAUCGGCCAGUGGCAGGCACGUGUGGAGACGCUGUGGCAGCAACUACAGGAAGCCCUAAAAGAGCAGGAAGCCUCGCUGGGGGAAGCCAGCAAGCUCCAGACCUUCCUGCAGAAUCUGGAUGACUUCCAGGCCUGGCUGUCCAUGGCCCAGAAAUCCGUGGCGUCCGAGGACAUGCCUGAGUCUUUCCCAGAGGCCGAGCAGCUCCUACAGCAGCACGUGGCCAUCAAAGACGACAUUGACAGGCACCAAGAGAGCUUCCAGAAGGUCAAGGAGUCCGGGGAGAAUGUGAUCCGUGAUCAGACAGACCCAGAGUACCUGCUCCUGCGCCAGAGGCUGGAGGGCCUGGAUGCUGGCUGGGAUGCCCUGUGCCGCAUGUGGGAGAGCCGCAACCUCUCUCUCGCCCAGUGCCUCGGCUUCCAGGAGUUCCAGAGAGAUGCCAAGCAAGCUGAAGCCAUCCUCAGCAAUCAGGAAUAUACUCUGGCUCACUUGGAGCCCCCAGACUCCCUUGAAGCUGCAGAGGUUGGAAUCCGGAAGUUUGAGGACUUCUUGGUAUCUAUGGAGAACAACCAGGAUAAGGUCUUGAGUCCUGUGGACUCUGGAAACAAGCUGGUAGCUGAAGAAAACCUCUACUCAGACAAGAUCCUGGAGAAGGUGCAGCUGAUCGAAGACAGGCACAGGAAAAACAAGGAGAAGGCCGAGGAGGCUUCCGUCAUUCUGAAGGACAACUUGGAGCUCCAGCACUUCCUCCAGAACUGCCAGGAGCUCACUCUCUGGAUCAAUGACAAGCUGCUAACAUCUCAGGAUGUCUCCUAUGAUGAUGCGAGAAACCUGCAAAACAAGUGGGCAAAGCACCAGGCCUUUAUGGCAGACCUGGCUUCCCACCAGGGGUGGCUGGAUAGCAUCGAUGCGGAAGGAAAGCAGCUGAUGGAGGAGAAGACCCAGUAUACAGCACGGGUGGCCCAGAGGCUGGAAGACUUGCACCGGCUCUGGGAUGAGCUUCAGGCCACCACACAGGAGAGGGCCCAGCACCUCUCCGCUGCCAGGAGCUCCUACCUGCGCUCACAGACCCACGCCGACCUCAACAAGUGGAUCAGUGCUAUGGAGGACCAGCUGCGGUCUGAUGACCCCGGCAAGGACCUGACCAGUGUCAACCGGAUGUUGGCGAAGCUGAAGCGUGUGGAGGACCAAGUGAACGUGCGGAAGGAGGAGCUGGGGGAGCUGCUUGCCCAGGUGCCCUCGCUGGGAGAGGAGGCAGGAGACACAGACAUGAGCAUCGAGAGGCGGUUCCUGGACCUCCUAGAGCCCCUGGAGAGGAGGAAGAAGCAGCUGGAAUCAUCCCGAGCCAAGCUGCAGAUCACCAGGGACUUAGAAGAUGAGACGCUCUGGGUGGAAGAGAGGCUGCCUCUGGCCCAGUCAGCCAACUACGGCACAAAUCUGCAAAAUGUGCAGCUGUUAAUGAAGAAGAAUCAGACACUGCAGAAUGAGAUCCUGGGCCACGCACCGCGGGUGGAAGACGUGCUGCAGAGAGGGCGGCAGCUGCUGGAGGUGGCCGAGAUCGACUGUCAGGACAUCCAGGAGCGCCUGGGGCACCUGCAGGGUGCAUGGGACACGCUGCAGGAGGCGGCGGCCGGGCGGCUGCAGCGCCUGCGGGACGCCAGUGAAGCCCAGCAGUACUACCUGGACGCGGGCGAGGCCGAGGCCUGGAUCAGCGAGCAAGAGUUCUACAUCAUCUCCGAUGAGAUCCCCAAGGACGAAGAGGGCGCCAUCGUGAUGCUGAAGCGGCAUUUGAGGCAGCAGCACGCGCUAGAGGAGUAUGGAAGGAACAUCAAGCAGCUGGCCACCAGGGCCCAGGGCCUCCUGUCCGCAGGCCACCCUGAGGGGGAGCAGAUCAUCCGACUUCAGGGGCAAGUGGACAAGCAGUACGCAGGGCUGAAGGAGGUAGCCGAAGAACGCAGGCGGAAGCUGGAGAACAUGUAUCACCUGUUCCAGCUGAAGAGGGAGACAGAUGACUUGGAGCAGUGGAUUUCAGAAAAGGAGCUGGUGGCCUCCUCCCCUGAGAUGGGGCAAGACUUUGACCAUGUUACCCUGCUCCGGGACAAGUUCCGGGACUUUGCCCGUGAGACAGGGGCGAUUGGGCAGGAGCGGGUGGACAACGUGAACAUCAUCAUCGAGCAGCUCAUCGACGCUGGCCACAGCGAGGCGGCCACGAUUGCCGAGUGGAAGGACGGGCUAAACGAAAUGUGGGCAGACCUACUGGAGCUCAUUGACACACGCAUGCAGCUGCUGGCCGCCUCCUACGACCUGCACCGCUACUUCUACACAGGCACGGAGAUCCUGGGCCUCAUUGACGAGAAGCACCGAGAGCUGCCUGAGGACGUGGGGCUGGACGCCAGCACGGCCGAGUCCUUCCACCGGGUGCACACGGCCUUCGAGCGGGAGCUCCACCUGCUGGAACUGCAGGUCCAGCAGUUCCAGGAUGUGGCCGGCCGCCUGCAGAAGGCGUAUGCUGGGGGGAAAGCAGAGACCAUUCAGAACAAGGAGCAAGAAGUGUCCGCCGCCUGGCAAGCGCUGCUUGAAGCCUGUGCCGGCCGCCGCACCCAGCUGGUAGACACGGCAGACAAAUUCCGCUUCUUCAGCAUGGCUCGAGACCUCCUCUCCUGGAUGGAAAGCGUCAUCCGGCAGAUUGAGACCCAGGAGAAGCCUAGGGAUGUCUCCUCAGUGGAACUGCUCAUGAAGUAUCACCAGGGCAUCAAGGCAGAGAUUGACACCCGGAGCAAGAACUUUAGCGCCUGCCUAGAGCUGGGGGAGUCCCUGCUGGAGAGGCAGCACCAGGCCUCGGAGGAGAUUAGUGAGAAACUGAAGCAGGUGCUAUCCAGGAGGAAGGAGAUGGAUGAGAAGUGGGAGGACCGCCAGGAACAGCUCCGCAUGCUACUGGAAGUGUGCCAGUUCUCGAGGGACGCCUCUGUGGCCGAAGCAUGGCUGAUCGCCCAGGAGCCCUACCUGGCCAGCCGGGACUUUGGACACACGGUGGAUGGUGUGGAGAAGCUUAUCAGGAGGCAUGAGGCUUUUGAGAAGUCCACGGCCAGUUGGGCGGAUCGCUUUGCUGCCCUGGAGAAGCCCACCACGCUUGAGCUAAAAGAACGCCAGACCCCAGACAGACCCGAAGAGGAGAGUGGGCCUCAAGAGGAAGAAGGGGAGACAGCAGGGGAGGCUCCCCGAGGUCCGCAUCGCGCAGCCACCGAGAGAACGUCCCCGGGGGAAGAAGAGAGCCAGUGGCCUCAGGACCUACAGCCGCCACUCCUUCCGGGGCCGCAGGAGAAAUCCAGUGGGGAUGAGAGGCCCGCCCCUGAGCCGCUCUUUAAGGUCCUAGACACGCCUCUGAGUGAGGGUGAUGAGCCUACGGCGCCUCCGGCCCAGCGGGACCACGGGUACAGCGUGCAGAUGGAGGGCUACCUGGGACGCAAGCAUGACCUGGAGGGACCCAACAAGAAGGCAUCCAACAGGUCGUGGAACAACCUGUACUGCGUGCUCCGGAACCGCGAGCUGACCUUCUACAAGGACGCCAAGAACCUGGCGCUGGGGGUGCCCUACCACGGGGAGGAACCCCUGGCCCUGAGACACGCCAUCUGUGAGAUCGCGGCCAACUACAAGAAGAAGAAGCAUGUCUUCAAGCUGCGGCUGAGCAAUGGCAGCGAGUGGCUCUUCCACGGCAAGGACGAGGAGGAGAUGCUAUCCUGGCUGCAGGGCGUGAGCACCGCCAUCAACGAGUCCCAGAGCAUCCGCAUCAAGGCACAGAGCUUGCCCCUGCCCUCUGUCACCGGCCCCGACACCAGCCUUGGCAAGAAAGACAAGGAGAAGAGAUUCAGCUUCUUCCCCAAAAAGAAGUAG